AUGACAGAAAGAGCUCAGCAGUGGGUUUGUCCACAUAAAAACCCACGUCUGGACUCAAUGGAGGGGGACAUUCUGUAUCACUUGGACUUGGGAACAAAGAUGCUGGCAAUGUUUGGGGACAUCAAGCAUGGGAUGGGCAUCCCUUCCAUUUCCAUCAUGCUUCACAAACUAAUCAAACUGCUGCACCACACAGAGUGCCAAGAUGUCACCAUUAUACGCCUUGGUACUUCUGGAGGCUCAGGGAUCAAGGCUGGGUCUGCUGUGAUCACUGGCAUGGCAGUGGACUCCUCCUUUAAGCCACAGUUUGAGCAGGAUGAUGUGGUGGGGAGCACUGAGCUGGACAAGAACCUCAUGGAGGAGCUACUCACCUGCAGCAAGGAGAUUCCUGACUUUCCCACGCUCAUCAAACACUGACAAUUCUCUGCUUCCUUCCAAGGUCAGGGGAGAGCAGAUGGAGCAUUGUGCUCUUUCUCCAGAGAAAAAAAGUUGCAGUACUUGAAAAGAGCUUAUCACACCAGUGUGAGGAACAUCGAGACGGAGUUGACAGCUCUGGCUGCCCUGUGCACAAACCUGAAGCUGGUUUCACCAACCUGCACGUUUUCCAUGCUCCACUGUUACAAGAAAAUCCCUCUGAAAAUCCCACUCUGGCCUCACCGUGUCAGUAACAAGCCCUGAGCUGUGGCUGCAGCAAGCUGGCACAGACUCACCAGUGUAGGUGGACUUCUGCUCAGUCUGUUCCCUGAAAAACAACAGACAUGAAGACAGUGACAAGACACCGCCUCAAAAUCACUGCCCAGAAAUCACUGUCCUUUCCUUCAGAAACAAAUGUCUGCUUCAUUUAAACUUUUUUUUCAUAAAUGUCUUGGUAUAUAUAAAAGAUGACAUCUAUAAUCUGAAAAGAUUUUGCACCACUGAAUGUAUCUUGUAGAUUUGUUUUUAAAGGCAGGGGAAAAAAAAUGCAUUAACUGCCUUAAGUUUGGGAUCUUCCAUUUCUGGGAAGCAGUCUCACAGCCAUCUGGUCUCCAAAAGAGGGGGGAAGCAAUGCUGGUCUCCCCUGCAGGGACAUGCAACAAGUUGUGAAGCUGGCCAAAU